GUUGCCGUCCGGGCUCGGCCUCUGAACCUACGAGAAAAGAAGCUCAAAUGCGACAUUGUCGUGUCGAUGAGUGGGAAGACCGUCACAGCAAGCCCAGACAGGAAUCCAAAGCAUUUCACUUACGACUACACGUUUUGGUCCGUCGGCGAGGGACAGGGUACCCAAGCAGAGAUAUUUGAGGACAUCGGCACACCCAUGGUGUCGAAUGCUGUGGACGGUUUCAACUGCACUCUUUUCGCCUAUGGGCAGACGGGCAGUGGCAAGAGCUACACCAUGAUGGGUGGCGUCCCGACUGACGAAGGGGAUGCAGGUGUGAUCCCACGCAUGAUCAGCGGGCUCUUCGAAGAGAAGGACCGGCUCGAAGAAGACGCCCUGGUUGAGCUUCAGGUUCGGAUUUCAUACCUGGAGAUCUACAAGGAGCAGGUCACCGACUUGUUCGCGUCUCUCAGCGCAAACAAGGAGAACAAGGGCGAGAAUCUAAAGAUCAUGGAGCACCCCAAGCUGGGUGUCUAUGUGAAAGGCCUGUACCAUAUGCCCUGCGCCACGAAGGCGGAGGUGAUGCGCAACUUGGAGUAUGGGCUGAAGAUGAGAACGAUCGCUGCCACGAACAUGAAUCAAAGCUCCUCGCGCUCGCAUGCGGUCUUCACUAUCAUCGUCAACAGGCUCGAGGGGGAGCGCCCCAAGGGCAAGAACGGCAAGGACGAGCGCAAGUCGCUCUCUGCCAAGAUCAACCUUAUUGAUCUCGCGGGAAGUGAGCGCACCUCCAAGGCGCAGACAGAGAACGACCGCUUGAAAGAGGGUUGUGCCAUCAACCAGAGCCUGUCUCAGCUUGGCCUGGUUAUCAAGAUGUUGACAGAGCAAAGCAACGGUGGCUUAAAAGCUCCUAUGUUCCGCGCGUCGAAGCUGACCUUCCUCUUGAAGGACUCGCUGGCAGGUAACUCAAAGACCUGCAUGAUGGCCACGGUUUCACCCGCCAGCGACAACUACGAUGAGACCGUCUCGACACUGAGAUUCGCCUCGUCGGUCAAAAGCAUCAAGACAGUGGCUGUUCAAAACAAGAACAAGAAGGAUCAACUCAUCGAUAACUUACAGCAGGAGAUGCGACUUCUGAAAGCGCAGAUGGCUGCCGGAGGUCUCAACGUCGCCGAAGCAUCGGAGCAGUUGAAAGAACGCGAGAGACUCAUCAAGGAGCAGACGCAGCAAGACUUCCAGGAGGAGCUGAAGGCCGCUCGAGAGAUGAGCCGGGCCCGGGAGAAGGCCUUGGAGGAGAGCGGCCUCUCCCACGGCCACAUCACCGAGGCCUUCGGAAUCAGCAAUGGCCAGCCCUAUAUGGUGAACAUGGCCUUCGACCCUAUGCUGGCCGGAUGCCUUAUCUACUUGAUCCAGGAAAGCAAGCCGACAACCAUGGGCGCUAACAAGGACAACACCAUCGUCUUGAAAGGUCUGGGAAUGCCGGACUUCCUGUGCCGCAUCGAUGUCUUAGAGGCAGGGGGGCUGAGCCUCACGCGCCUGUCCGAUGGGACGAGAGUGUUCGUGAAUGGGAAGCUGCUCGAGCAGAACCAGAUGCGGGAACUUCAAGACGGUGACCGUAUCUCGCUGGGCCGCACCUAUGUCCUGAAGCUCGUUUGUCCUGGUGAGGGCGGCGCCGCCCCUCUUCAGGAUGACCUGGUGCUGCAGCGCGAUGAGACGGACACCGCGGCGCUGGAAAACUCACCGUCCUGGAAGAGCCUUCAAGACUAUGUGGGGCAAGUCGUCCGUCAGAUGUCAGCGCCGAUGGCCGCUGCCUUGAUGGAGGAGAUCAAGCAAGCCUGUCGCCUCACCGACGAGGCAAACGAAGUGACGACGGAAUGUCGAUCCGGAUCCGACGCUUUGCACUUCGAGGUGGACUUAACCAGCAGUAUCCCUCCGUGUGUUGCCAUCCGCGUUCUGCAGUGUGAAUGUGAAGAUGGUCCUGCCCGGGCGAACGAGGAGCAUUGGAAGAACAAGUACAUUUGGUCGGUAAGCCAGCUGGCAGAACGGCUGGAGCGCAUGCGAGACUACUGGCGGCAGAAGGACAGCAGUGCAGUGGAAGAGCUCAAUCCGCUCGAGGACCCCUGGCACGAGGCGAGGCAGAUGCCAUCGCACAUGCUUUACCCCGGCCCUGCAUUGUUGCACUCGAUUCCUCCCGAGAUAUGCAAUGCAGGGGAAGUCUUUCCGGAAUUCGAAAGCUGUAGGCCUACUCAUGAUACUAUAUUAGAUGAUACUAUAUUAUACUGCAUCGUACUAUGUAUAUAA